CGUGCAUCACGCCCAUCGUCGUUGGGCAUUUAAAGAAGAGGGCUACGUGAAGAACGUUAUGCUCAAUUUGAGCACUAGUGACCUACAAGUGGGUCUUGUUCGGGCGGCUUGCUUGCCAUCGAUGAAGUCCGGUGCCUACAUCGUGACGGCGUGGUAUCGCAAAGCAAGUGGGGACAUAGCUGGAGCGCACUGCACAUGUGUAGCCGGGCUCAGUCAAUCCUGUCAGCAUGUUGCUGGAGUGCUGCUGAGCGUAGCAGACAAGACGGCCAAGGAACAAGAGUCCUGUAUUGAUGUGCCAUGCAAGUGGAUUUUUCCUGAUGAAGUGAAAAAACAGGCCCCAAGGUUGCCACUUCAGGACAUCCCCUUUCAGAUGCAUGUUGUGAACAAGCAGCGCAAGUAUGACCCUUGCCCCUAUGUGCGACCGUCUCAAGACGAGAUUUCUCAACUCGAGGCAAACCUUUGA